AUGGGUAAAUCCAGACAAGAGCGCACAGCUGCCGCUGCAGCAAAGGCCCCCAAGAAAGACAAGAGGUAUCCCAACAAUGCCCGCGAUAAGAACGGCAACAGAAUUAGCAAGCCAUCGCAGCGCAUGCCCUCGAAACCAGCGUGGAAGGCCAGUGCCGCAUUGCUCGAUGCUGCUAUUGCGGCCAGCGAGAAGGCUCGGUCGACCAAAUUAAAUGGCGACAAAUCUGCUCCCGAGGACGUUCUGUCGCCAGACACCAAGAUCUCCAUGGUCACUGACCGCAAGUACGAUAUCGAGGUGACCUGGAAGAACAUCCGACGGUACAUGGUGGACGCCCACCACCUCGAGAAAGCAAACACGUGCGAGACAGACCCAACCAAGGUCGCGCUUCGUGAAGAGGAGAUUGCCCAGUGCCUCAAAGAGGCCAUGGCUCUCGAAGACCGUCUCAGAGAGCUCGGUCGACCGUACUACUUCACAUAUGCCUGGCUAUACAGCGACCAUCCCGGCGCGGAUCGCAGCGUAUGGUGGGACAGGAUUGGGCGUAACAGAAGCGAGGCGGAGGAGUUGAUGGCACCAUGCUACGGGUUGACUGACUGCUCGGAUACUGAAGACGACCACGUGCCCGCAAAGAACAACAAGGACAGCCCAGAGCGCCUCAGCACUUCGCCUUCAGCUGCUUCACCAUCUUCUACCAAAGGCGCACUGCCCAGCUCGGCACCUCUUGAUCCUCAGCAGCAGCCCGCAACUGGCGCGCCUGACCUCCAGUAUCUUCCCAAUGCAUCUAAGCAGCCGAAGAGCGCACUUCCAUCGCAGACCUUCCCAGGUUCAUCUAAAGCUGCGCCACCACCGACCCCACCGCCAUCGCCCGAGUCCAAGGACGAAGACCCGAAGCCUUCUGAGAAGGCACCGCCCAUCUCGAAUGACCAGCAAGAUAACCCUCCAGAAGACACCAAGAACGCCACAGAGUCGAGCUCAGAGGCCGACGCUGCGAAGCCUGCUUCCCCUCCACUCGAGCACGCCAGCCGUGACCCACCUACAGACGAGAGCUACGAUGACGAGGACUCUGGCGGUGAAGAGCAAGGCGACCAGACAGGAGACGCAGCUUCAGAUGAUGCUGCAGAUCAAGAGCAAGGCGACCAAACAGGAGACGCAGCUUCAAAUAAGGCCGCAGAUCAAGAAGAAGGGGCGGCUGAGGACGACGACAACGGCGAAGAAGAGACCAAGAACAAGGACGACGAAGAGAGCGACGACGAAGGCGAGGACUAA